CUCGCGAGGUUUCGUCUUCGCGGAAACGGUGAAGGACGUUCGCUGUUAACGGCAUCGGGAUGUGUGGGGACUGUGUGGAGAAGGAAUAUCCCAACCGGGGUAACACCUGCUUGGAGAAUGGAUCUUUCUUGCUGAACUUUAUGGGCUGUGCAGUGUGCAGUAAACGAGAUUUUAUGCUGAUCACAAACAAAUCCUUCAAAGAGGAAGAUGGAGAAGAAAUAGUUACCUAUGAUCAUCUGUGCAAGAAUUGUCAUCACGUAGUUGCCAGGCAUGAAUAUACAUUCAGUAUCAUGGAUGAAUUUCAGGCAAAGGUGGAAGAAAAGAUCCAAGAGGUCUUCAGUUCUUACAAGUUCAACCACCUUGUACCAAGGCUUAUCUUGCAGAGGGAGAAGCACUUCCAUUAUCUGAAAAGAGGCCUUCGACAGCUGACAGAUGCGUAUGAGUGUCUGGAUGCCAGCCGCCCAUGGCUCUGCUAUUGGAUCCUGCACAGCUUGGAACUGCUAGAUGAACCCACCCCCCAGAUGGUGGCUACAGAUGUGUGCCAGUUCCUGGAGCUGUGUCAAAGCCCAGAAGGUGGCUUUGGAGGUGGCCCUGGUCAGUACCCACACCUUGCACCCACAUAUGCAGCGGUCAAUGCACUAUGCAUCAUUGGCACCGAGGAGGCCUACGAUGUCAUUGACAGAGAGAAGCUUCUUCAGUAUUUAUAUUCUCUGAAGCAACCUGAUGGCUCUUUUCUUAUGCACGUUGGAGGUGAGGUGGAUGUGAGGAGUGCGUACUGUGCUGCCUCAGUAGCGUCCCUGACAAACAUCAUCACCCCAGACCUCUUUGAGGGCACUGCUGAAUGGAUAGCAAGGUGUCAGAAUUGGGAAGGCGGAAUUGGCGGGGUGCCAGGGAUGGAAGCCCAUGGUGGCUACACUUUCUGUGGCCUGGCUGCACUGGUAAUUCUCAAGAAGGAACGUUCCUUAAAUCUGAAGAGCUUAUUACAAUGGGUGACGAGCCGGCAGAUGCGAUUUGAAGGUGGAUUUCAAGGCCGUUGCAACAAGCUGGUGGAUGGCUGCUACUCCUUCUGGCAGGCUGGGCUUCUACCCCUGCUCCAUCGAGCACUGCACGCCCAAGGUGAUCCUGCCCUCAGUAUGAGCCACUGGAUGUUUCAUCAGCAGGCCCUGCAGGAGUAUAUUCUGAUGUGCUGCCAGUGCCCCGCUGGGGGGCUUCUGGAUAAACCGGGCAAGUCACGUGACUUCUACCACACCUGCUACUGCUUGAGCGGUUUGUCCAUAGCCCAGCACUUUGGCAGCGGAGCCAUGCUGCAUGAUGUGGUCCUGGGGGUGCCCGAGAACGCUCUGCAGCCCACUCAUCCUGUAUACAACAUUGGACCCGAUAAGGUGAUCCAGGCCACCAUGCACUUUCUGCAAAAGCCAGUCCCCAGCUUCGGGGAGCAGGAGGACGAGGCAACAGCAGAGUCUGCCACCGACUAGAGGACAUGGAGUUCCCUGGGUCUGUGUUCACCCACUGCCCCAGUCAGACCAAGGUCGAUACGUUCCAAUACAUACUGCAUUCUGUGCAACGCAAGCCUUAGCCACUCUGGAGCUGUGGCUCUCUUUUUUUCCUUUCUUGUCAAACAAAACGAAACCACUGGCCCUGGGUUUGGAGAACAUUGUGACAUGGUUUCUUAAUUCUUUCCACACCUGUCAAACCAAAAAUCUAUCAGCUCAUGUGACAUGUAAACCCAGCUCUGGCCCGCCCAGGGUCUGGUUGGGGAACAGUGCAUGCUGAGAGGAAGCAGCCCCUCCCGCCAGCUCUCCAGCCUGGACGGUCGUGUUGAAAUGAAUGAUGUCUAUGAGUCUUACAGCAGCCAGUCACCGCUGCAGUUCCCACCUGCACGCCACCAUUAAAUAACCUG